CCGCUCUCCGGGCGGUGAUUGGACAGCCUCGCCGCAGUGGGCGUGUCGCUCGCACGGUGAGGCUGUGCAGUGUUUCCGGACUGUCAAACAUUGGCUGGCGGAGCUCGGUGUCUCUGCCGGUAUCGCACUGUGCGUGAAUGGAGUCAGCGCAGAGCACCCGCCCGGUCCGGCUCUAUGUGUACGACCUGUCCCGGGGCCUGGCCCGCAGGCUCAGCCCUGUCAUGCUCGGUAAACAGUUAGAAGGAAUUUGGCACACCUCCAUUAUAGUUUUUGAGGAAGAAUUUUUCUAUGGUGGUGGGGGAAUAACAAGUUGUCUGCCGGGUGGUACAAUGCUCGGUGAUCCAGAUACAGUGGUGGAUCUUGGGAACACAGAGGUGACCGAAGAUAUUUUUUUGGAAUACCUGUCCUCUCUGGGAGAGUCUGGUUUCAGUGGGGAGUCCUACCACUUGUUUGAUCACAAUUGCAACACUUUCUCCAAUGAGGUGGCUCAGUUUCUGACAGGGAGAAAAAUUCCUUCAUACAUCACAGAACUACCUUCUGAAGUCCUGUCCACACCAUUUGGACAAGCCCUCCGUCCUUUCUUGGAUUCUGUUCAAAUCCAGCCUCCUGGUGGGAACAGUUUCAACAGGCACAAUGGACCAAGCUAACUGGAGGAGCACCUCAUCGAGCGUGGGCAGUGCCCUACUUUUUAACUUAAUACAUUUUUUAGUAUAUGUUUUCACCCAUAAGUGUUCAUUGUAUCAUUCAUUUAACUAUAAAUGGGGCCAUACUGAAAUUGUUGAUAUUUUUGUAUUUAAAUGAUAUAGAAAGAGUUAAUUAAUUGUUCUAAUGUAUAAAUCAAAUGGUAUUAUUUUAAACAGUUUGUUAAAUACUACAAAUAUAACAUUGUUCUUUCAAGGUUGAAAACUAUUUAUUUAUUUAUUUAUUUACAGUAUACUCUGCUUGGGCCGAGCACCGAGAAAGUCUAAUGCUCACUUUUGAUGGUGUCGCUGAAUGAUAUUUUAUAAAGAGCAAUUUUAAAGCAAAGUUCUAGAAUUUGUAUAAUCGACACCGGAACUGAAUAGAAUUUUCAGAGGUGUCCCAUUUGUUAAAACUAUGUGUCUAAAAUACAUACACUCUUUUUAUGUAUUGUGAAUAUCAAAAGGACUUUAUUGUGACAAAUCUGUCAGAAUUCCUGUUUUGUAGGGUUGCAGAUUUUACCUAUAAAUUUUGCUAUCCACAUGGGCCUGUUUAAUAAACUUUUAAAAUGAUUAAAUACUGUUAGAAGAACUUUCCAAAAAUGUAUCUUCCGAAGUCCCUAUUAAAGACUAUGGGGAUUUUUGUAAAUAAAUCAUUUGGUAAGUUUUUCUAAGAGCGUUGAUUCGUUUGGAAAACGUAUUCAACUUGAGACAAUGAUUUGCAAAUGUAUAGUUAAUAGUGUGUUGUGUGCCUUUUAGUACACAUCAAAUGCUAAGUGUGCAAAAUUUCCGGACACCGUACCUACAAACACGGCGCCCAGAAAAGGACACAUUGCCACAAGGCACACAUCAUUCAUUGUUGGAUGCCAAAAGCUUAAUUUUCUACAGCCAGUUUAACUUUUUCUUUAAUGUAUCCAUUUACUGGAGGUUAUGCUAGAAAAAUACAUGUCCUUACUUAACCCCGUAAGGACACAUGACGUGCGAUAUGUCAUGAUUCCCUUUUAUUACAGAAGUUUGGUCCUUAAGGGGCUAAAGCUAAUCUGUCAUCCACAUGAUUUCUCUUGAAGUAUAAUUCUGAACCAUACAAUCUAAGUUGCUUUUUGUGUGCAUUCAGUGUGCUCAAAUAAGGCCUUCCAAAGACUUGCAAAUAUCAACGCAAAGUAGUGUAUGCUCCAGUUUGUUGAUCUCUGCCCCCAGUGACCUCCAUGUUAUACAGGUUUUACAAGUGCUAUUCUCCAUAGACAGAAUACUAACUGAAUGCUAUAGCAUUUAAAUCAUUUUAAUAUAUUAAGUUGUUUUCUGGUGCUGUGGCAGCAAUGCCUUUUAGUUAAACGUAUAAUUUUCCACUUCUUGUGUCUCAUGACUAUAGAUUACAAUUAAAGCCUGAAAGAAUAUAAAUAAGGAUACAUUUAUAUGAUUAAAGGAUUAAUGCUAGGCGGGGUUUGGCCGUAGAAAUGUAAUGUAGAUGAUCUUAAUUCUAUGUUUUGUGAAAAUUGGUGUUUUUAGCAGAUCUGGAACAGCAACUUUAACCUUUGACCACGAUUUACUCUAAUUAUAGCAUUCCUGUAUGAGUUCUUAAUCUGCUAACUGUAAAUGUGUUUACACAUUUGUUUUUGUUUCAAAACGGUGCUCUUCUCUUGGGUAUGUUAAAGGUCCAAGACAACUGAUUGCUCUCAGCCAAUGCGUCAAGCCCUCUGACAGUUUCCAGCUCACCAUCAUCCGUAGUGGUGGUGGAGCACAGCACUUGGCACAUCCCUGGUAAGAUGUCAAACCAUUCAAAAAUGGUUACACUCCUUACAAUGGGCACUUCUACAGCAAUGCACACUACAGCGUACUGUAGUGGUUUAUAGUGCUUGUUGUGGUCCGUUUAAU